CGACAUGGUUUUACAUAGUAAUUAAAUCACCUAAAUCCAAAUAAUAAUAGGUUAAUUAUGAUUGUUUACAAAUAUCCGAAUUCGACAUAAAUCUUUUAAAAAGUCAAACAUCUGCUAAUAAUUCAUCAUUACAAUUAGUGGAAUUUUGAAUUCCGGGAUCUUCCCUCGUUUUUUGUCUCUUCUGUCUUUCAAAUUUCAAAAACGUUUUACCUCGCCUUGCUCCUACCUGAACAUAAAAACUAGGGUUCUUAUUCAGACGAUGGGUUGUUUCUUCGCAUGUUUUCGUGUUAGAGAUGACCGUCGGCCUCCAAUCCAUCUCCUCUCUCAACCAAUUGCUUCCAAUCCCAAGGAUCGUGAGUCUGGAGCUAGAAAUCAUUUAUCGACUCUGCUACUUUUCGAAGCUGAAGAUAGAGAUCAAUCGCCAUGUAAGGACAGGAAAUGCGGUGUUCUAGGUUCUGCUUCUCCUGAUUUCAAUUCGACGGAGCUGAAAGCUGAGGCUAAGUUUCUCAAAGCUUGUGGUACUUUACCACAAACUCCAGUUGAAAUUCGGAACAAUGAGAAACUGAAAGAUUUAGAACCUCAAAACAAAGAUACAAAAUCAUCAACAUUUCAUUCAUGGCUUCAAAAUGAUAGUCUUGAAAAGCUCAAACUGGAGAAGCAAUCCGAUUUGCAACCUUCUGCAAUCAAACUCUUUGAAGAAUGGGACAAUAAAUCAGAUUCUUCAUCACGUUCACUAGACAGUUGUGUGACAGGACAUGCCAAUCAAGCACAGAGUCCUAUUGCUUCAUCUACUCCUCUAGUUGCAAACACACAGUUUGGAAACAAAUCUGUUCGAUUUAAAUCUGAGAUUGAUGCCUCUUCAUUUUCAUCAAGUAGCUCUUCAUCUGAAGUUACUUCCCAAGAACCAAAUUCAAAACAUUCACCUUACCCUACCCCUCUCAGCUUAACCAAUGAUAUGCAAACACCUGGCACUGUCUUCCAUGCAUCUUUUCAUAACAAAGAAACUGGGAAGAAACCAAGGAUCAGAUCUCAGUAUGUGAUCCCAGUGCUAAGCCCUGUGGAAAAUGCCACUCAGUUGAAGAAACUCGUGGAAGAAAGUUUUAGCUCUGAUGACUCCUCAACUCAAUUUGAAGAACAUUAUAAGUCACAAGUUGAAAGAGAAGAAAAAGAGUUAAAUGUGGAUACAAGUUUGUCUUCAUGGCUACCACCAAAGCAGAAUCAUCAAGGCUCCAUUCUUCCUAAAAUUGGCAAAACUCCAGGGGAUAGACCGAUACUAGGGAUGGUUGCAGCUCAUUGGAAUGCUGAUGAAGCUGCUUCUUUCCCACCCAAGUGGUGGGAUGGGAAUGGAAUCCCCAAUUCCACUCAUAAAUACAAUGAGGAUCAGAAAGUUAGCUGGCAUGCUACACCUUUUGAAGAAAGAUUAGAAAAGGCUUUAUCUGAGGAUAAACUCACUGCUGAAAGGAAGCAACUUGGAAAGGUGCCACUGGUGGAUAUGGAUGAGAAAGAUGAAUUUUUCCGCUUUCUGGGUUUGAGCCAUUGGGUUUUUGGUUCUUUGAUUAAAAACUAUAUCCCUAAGGAAAAACAAGGGAAAACAGAGUCACAAGCGGUUUGGCCAGUGGGAUGCAAUGGUACCGCUGAAACCCAAUUCCGAUCUUCUCAACCCGAGAAUUUUCAGUUCUGUGAUGCUCAAAACAUAGAAUUUGACAGUUCUAGUGACGACAUGGUUCUCCAAAAAAACAAAGAAGAAACCAACAAGGAGUUGCAACCGGUUGCUGAGAAAAAGCGCAACUAUACAAACCGUCAGAAGUUAAAGAAAUGUGUGGAACACGAUGAGUUGUCUUUAGCUACGACAUAUGUUGAUUGUUCUAUAGAAUUUGAUAGUUCUAGUGACAUGGAUUCCCUAGAAUGCUUGGUAACAUUGACUGCACACAUUGGAAUUGGAGGUAUUGUCCAACGAAAUUGA